AGUACGUAUUCCACGUCUAGACUGAACACGCUGUUUGUAUAAUUGUACAAAUAAAUUCAAAAUUCAAUUAAAAUGAGAGAAAUAGUGCAUCUACAAGCAGGUCAAUGCGGCAACCAAAUAGGAUCUAAGUUCUGGGAGAUAAUAUCUGAUGAGCACGGCAUCGAUCCUACCGGCCACUACAUUGGAGACAGUGAGCUGCAGCUGGAGAGGAUCCAGGUCUACUACAACGAGGCCGAGGAUGGUAAACGUUACGUGCCACGCGCGGUACUGGUGGACCUGGAGCCUGGCACGAUGGACGCCAUCAGGUCUUCCAGUUACGGACAGGUGUUCCGGCCGGACAACUACGUGUUCGGACAGAGCGGCGCCGGCAAUAACUGGGCGAAGGGUCACUACACAGAAGGUGCCGAGCUGGUGGACUCAGUCAUGGACGUGGUGCGCAAAGAGGCUGAGCCUUGCGACUGCCUGCAAGGUUUCCAGUUGACCCAUUCGCUGGGUGGCGGCACUGGUUCUGGUCUGGGCACGCUGCUACUCAGUAAGCUGCGUGAAGAGUAUCCUGACAGAAUUGUGAACACGUUCAGCGUCAUGCCGUCACCAAAAGUUUCAGACACCGUAGUGGAACCUUACAACGCAACGUUAUCAGUUCAUCAGCUAGUCGAGAAUACAGACGAAACAUUCUGUAUUGACAACGAGGCGCUGUACGACAUAUGCUUCAGGACUCUGAGGCUGUCUUCCCCCACGUAUGGCGAUCUAAACCAUUUGGUUUCGUUAACUAUGUCCGGUGUAACCACGUGCCUACGAUUCCCCGGACAACUGAAUGCAGACCUCCGCAAAUUAGCCGUCAAUAUGGUGCCCUUCCCGAGAUUGCACUUCUUCAUGCCCGGAUUCGCACCAUUAACGGCACGCAAUAGUCAAGGAUAUAGAGCUCUUACUGUACCAGAACUAACACAGCAGAUGUUCAGUCCCGUGAACAUGAUGGCGGCGUGCGACCCCCGCCACGGCCGCUACCUGACUGUGGCGGCGAUAUUCCGGGGCCGCAUGUCCAUGAAGGAAGUGGACGAGCAAAUGCUCACCGUGCAAGAUAAGAACUCAAGCUACUUCGUGGAAUGGAUACCGAACAAUGUUAAAGUGGCGGUGUGCGAUGUACCACCGCGUGGAUUAAAGAUGGCGGCCACCUUCGUGGGCAACUCCACGGCGAUACAGGAGAUAUUCAAACGUAUAUCGGAACAGUUCACAGUUAUGUUCAGACGGAAGGCGUUCCUCCACUGGUACACGGGUGAGGGUAUGGAUGAGAUGGAGUUUACAGAAGCUGAGAGUAACAUGAACGAUCUCGUGUCGGAAUACCAGCAGUAUGAGGAAGUAGGCGUAGAAGACGGUGAAUUCGAUGAACAAGAAGAAAUGCCACCAGACGAAGAAGUUGAGCAAGCUGAAUAACAGUAAUAUUAAUUAAUUUAUAAUGAAACUAAUUUUUAAGGAUCGAGUCAUG